AUGUUAACUUCUGAAUUGCUUCUGACACAUUAUAGUCCAACACUUCCAAUUAUAGUUGCAGCGGACGCUUCAGCAAGCGGAGUGGGAGCUGUCAUUUUACAUGUCUUCCCAGAUGGUUCACAAAAAGCAAUAAUGCAUGCAUCUCGAACACUAACUGCGGCAGAAAAGAAAUAUGCACAAAUUGAAAAAGAAGCCUUAGCUUUAGUUUUCGCCGUACGACGUUUCCAUAAAAUGAUCUACGGCCGCCGAUUUACCUUGCUGACAGAUCAUAAACCGUUACUUUCCAUUUUCGGAUCUAAAUCAGGUAUCCCGGUACAUGCAGCUAACCGACUACAACGCUGGGCAAUAAUAUUACUUGGAUACGAUUUCGAUAUUAAAUACAACCGAACUAACGAAUUUGGUCAAGCCGACGCUCUAUCUCGGCUAAUUAGCGACUAUCCUGCAUCAAGUGAAGAUAUGGUAAUUGCAUCGAUCGCCACCAAAGACUAUGCAGUUAACCUCAUCGACAAUGCUGUUCGAUCUCUACCAGUAACGUUUGCAGAAAUCCAGCGAACUACAAGCACCGAUGCCACCUUACGACGUGCUACACAGUAUGUAUCCAGUAAUUGGCCAAAGAUUAAAUAUAGUGGAGACCUAAAACACCUGUUUGCCCGUCGUGAUUCCUUAUGUGUUGUAAAAGAUUGCUUGAUGUUUGGAGAACGCGUAGUGAUACCUGAAGCAUUACGAAAUAAACUCCUGAAACAGUUUCACAUGGGACAUCCUGGUAUUCAGCGGAUGAAGAGUAUUGCUCGCAGCUACGCAUACUGGCCUAAUAUGGAUAAGCAUAUUAUCGACUUUGUUCAACGAUGUUCAAAAUGUCAACAAUCAGCAAAACUACCCCACCAGCUACCUCCCGUACCGUGGCCUCCAGCAUCCCAUCCUUGGUCCAGAAUUCAUAUUGAUUUUGCUGGCCCUACAAAUGGUGCAUAUUAUUUAGUGGUGGUAGACGCUUUUUCUAAGUGGCCAGAAGUUAUACCAAUGGUUUCGCCGACAACGUCCCAGACUCUCAAAGCUCUCACUGACAUAUUCUCCCAUCAUGGUCUCCCAGAAACCAUAGUUACAGACAAUGGUUCGCAGUUUACCUCUCAUCAGUUUCAGCAGUUCUGUCGUCAAAAUGCUAUCGAGCAUAUGUUCACACCGCCGUAUCAUCCUCAGUCAAACGGCCAAGCGGAACGUUUUGUCGACACUUUGAAGAGAGCCUUACUCAAAGCAGAGGGAGAGGGGACACCAUUUGACAUCAUCCAAAAAUUCUUGAUGGUGUACCGUACAACGGCGAAUGAGUCAACACAGAACAAGAAAUCGCCGGCAGAAAUUCUUUACGGACGCAAACUUAGAACGAUUCACAACUCAAUGUUACCACCGACACCCAAACGCAUCAUUUCGGAAUGA